UCCCGCGGCAGGCACUUGUUGUGGCGGGAAACCGGUGGAGUUGUAGCUAGUUAUCUUGUUAACUAAGUUUAGGUUAGUUUACUCACGUCUGUUCGCUCAGCAUCAUAAAGCUGACGCCAAUAUAAAGACCCAUUUGACUUAAUUGUAUAACUCAAAAUCCGGCGAAACUCUUAACUCGACGUUAGACAGUUUUUUUUUUUUUAUGUGUAAUUGUGUUGUUCCAACAGAGGCUAGCACAGGCAUUACUUUUUAACUGAUUAUUUUAAUUUUUCAAAAUGGCAACAGCAAGAAAACAGAUGAAGAAAAAGCUGGUUGAGGAGAAAACAGAGAAAAAGGUUUUUGAUUUUACCCCAGAAGAUGAAAAAAAGGAGCUAAGUGGUUCAGAGGAUGAUACCAGGGAAGAUGAAACUCCAAUUGUGGACAAGCUGACAAAGAAGAGGCCUGCGCCGGAUUUUGAUGAGGAGGGGACAGCCGUGGGAAAUGAAGUCCAGUCUAUGUUGGAGAAAUUUGGGGCUGAUAUCAGUAAAGUGAUGCAGGCCAAGAAGAAACGUCUGGAGUGUCUCACAAAAAACUACAUGAAGGGAAGCCAGCACAAACUGGAGCAGCUGUGGACCAACUACCAUGGACAGAGGAAGAAGAUGACUCAGCAGUACCAUCAGCAGGUUUCUUCUGCGCUGCAGCAGUGGGAGGUUGAAGCUCAGCGAGCCGAGGAGCAGGAGGAGAAGCUCAAUAAUUUGUUUCGGCAGCAACUGAAAAUCCUGCAGCAGGCCCGAGUUGUGCAGAACCAGAAGCUGAAAGCGGUCAGAGAGUUGUAUGAGCAGUUUUUGAAGAACAUGGAGGACAUGGAAAAGAACCAUGAGAUGUUCUUGCAAGGAACGCAGCAGGAGCUGAGGAAGGAGAUGGCCACCCUGCAGAAGAAGAUUCUCAUGGACACACAACAGCAGGAGAUGGCCACAGUCCGCAAGUCACUGCAGUCCAUGCUUUUCUAAUCAGCUAUUGCCACGGUGACUGUUCCAGUGUUUAAGAUGUUGCUGCUGCACGUUUGUUCGUUAUUACAGUAACAUUUCAGUAUUAACCACUUCUGUCUUUAUUUUAAUAAACAUUUAAAAAUUCAGAUUAUUAAAGAUUUGUUUCAGCUCUUCUUGCUGUGGUGUGUUUGUAUUGCCAGCAGGUGGUGCUGUUCAUAUCCUCUUAUUUAGUAAAAAUGAGUUAAAUGUAAAAAAUAAACAUUUUCAAGUGUU